GCCCGCCGCCGGCGGAGGUGAGUGAGGCGCGGCGCCGGCUGCGGCACGGCACGGCACGGCAAGACGCGGGGCUGCAGGCAGCGGGCGGCCGGAGGGAAGAGCCAUGGGGAGCUGCCGCCGAGAAACUCCCCGCCGGAUCGCGCCUGCCAGCGGCCUGUUCUGAGGAGGAGGAGGAGAAUAAGGAGGAGGAGGAAGAGGGAGGGAAAGGGCCGUAGCGGCGGCGGACUGUGCAAGUUGCGCGCUGCCCUUCUCCGCGGGGCCGCCUGCCGCCAGCGGAGCAGCAUGCGGACUGGCCUCCGCGCUCCCUCGGAUGUGCUGUGGCUGCUGCCGCCCUCCGCGCAUCGCCCUGCUGCUGGCAGCGCUCGGCCGGCCGCUGGAUGAGCCGGCGGCGGGGAGAUCGCUGCCGCGGUUCCGCCCGCUCCUUCAUGCGGGCUCCCGCUCCGCCGGGGGUAGCGCUGCCGCCGCCGCCGCCGAGGAGCGGGCGGCCCGCCCGGGGCCCCGCAUGGCGUGCUACCUGGUCAUCAGCUCCCGGCACCUCAGCAACGGGCACUACCGCGGCAUCAAAGGCGUCUUCAGGGGACCGCUCUGCAAGAAGGGCGCUCGCUCGCCGGUAACUGCCGCCUCCGCGCUCCCUCCCUCACUUGCCCCCCGCACGGACUAUGCUGAGAAGGAGAAAGCUGCAGCCAAGGCUCUGGAGGAUGUGAAGGCUAACUUCUAUUGUGAACUGUGUGACAAGCAGUACCACAAACACCAGGAAUUUGACAACCACAUCAAUUCUUAUGACCAUGCUCACAAGCAGAGAUUGAAAGAUUUAAAACAAAGGGAAUUUGCUCGAAAUGUGGCUUCAAAGUCAUGGAAAGAUGAAAAGAAACAGGAAAAAGCACUCAAGAGGCUCCACCAGCUCGCAGAGUUACGGAAACAGUCAGAAUGCAUCACUGGGAGUGGACCAACUCUUAAAGCCCCCAGAUUAGUUGAGGAAAAGCAGCAAUCACCAGAUGGAUUUUUCCUGUACAAAGGUGGCAAGGUCACAGCCAAAUCUCAAAGCACCACCACAAGUACAGGACAAGGUUUCUCCAGCAGCGUACUAGAAAAACAGCAGCUUAUCAUAAGCAGGCACCAGUCACCUACUGAAAGACUCCACGUGCUUGGAAAUCAAAUCUCACAAGUGUUCCCAGAUAGUACCAGUGCUUCUCAAAGAGCAGGAGUGUCUUUCUCAUUCUCUAAAAAAGUCCCUUUGAAGCUUGAAUCCUCAGCAUCAGUCUUCAGUGAGAACUCUGAAGAAGGAAAUGAUUAUAGUGAAUCCCCCCUUAAAACAAAGCAAGUUCUUGAGAGCUGUCAUUCUGGUAUACAUUUGGAAGAGGAUGUAAAAGGAAGUCUGGAUAAAGGGCCACCAAUUCCACAAGACCAAAUGGAUUUGGAUAACAGUGCAUCAAGUCAUGGAGCUGUGAAACUUAAAAUGUUAAAAGAAAACAAUAAAUGUGGUGUUAGAGAAACAGAAGAAAAAGUCAGUGCUCAUCUUUCACUUUCCAAAGUCAAAAUGCAGUUCUCAAAAUCGGAUUUUUCAGGUUCAGUAAAAGAAAUGGAUCAAGAGAGCAAAUUGAAUAUGUCUGAGGAAUUAUUGGAAACUCUCCUUUCACCUUCAUGCCAAGCUAGCAGUUUCUGUAUACAGUCAGAUACCUACAGUCACAGCAGUGCACACCUCUCUGAGCUCCCCCAACAGCCAUCACCUGAGCUGACUUGUGCAAGCAACAUUAAUGACUGUUCUAGGGUGGUAAAGAGAGAAAGGUCUUCAGAGGCUUCAGAAAUCAAAAACAGGAAUAUGGAAAAGCUUCCAAGGGAGACAAUGGUUAAAGAGCCUAAGCACCAGGCACUACCUUUCCUCCAUGUAGUGAGUAAGGAUGGCAGCACUGCUCUGCAGUGGCCAACAGAAUUACUUUUGUUUACAAAAACUGAACCUUGUAUUUCAUAUGGCUGUAAUCCACUGUACUUUGACUUCAGACUCUCUUUAAAUCACAGAGAUGGUAAACAGCAUGAAACAAGCAAAGAAGGCUGUAAAGAGCACUCUAUAAAUAAGACUGCUGAUGAAAAUGAAGCCUCAGGUUUAAUAAAACACAAGCAAAUGUCAAAUGAACAAGAUAAUCAGUUGUUGAAACCAAAGAUAAAAGGUUCCCUAAAUCCAAGAAAGGCCAAGAAAAAAGCUGAGUCAGACAUAGGGAAAGUGAUGAACAAAAAUGGUCAAAAAUACAUUUCAGAUUAUUUGAAUGAAAAUAUACCCAAAGUGCCUGCUUACCUUGAUGUCUCACAAAAGGAUUCUAUGGCAGAAAAAGGUAUUCAUACAACAACACUGAAAAGAUCUUUAAGGCAUCAUUUCCAUAGCUGUGAAAGAAAAAAACAGAGCAUAAGAAAUGAAAGCAUUUCCUUUUCUGCUUUUAUGGCCAGGAUUAAAAAGUGUAAGGCUGAAAAGUGUGAUUUAAUUUAUUCUGAGGAAAAACAUGAAACCCAAAAUGGCUGCGGAUCCAUUCAGAACGUGGCCAGCUGCAGCAGUGAUAUAAGUGACAGUGGAAAAGAUUCUGGUGGAAGUUUCCUUAGUUAUAAAUCUGGUUCAAAUAGCAGGCAUUCAGAAAAUGAAGGAUGUAAAAAUUACACAAGAUACUGGAGAUUCCCAUCUCCUCAAAAAUCCUCCUCUGACAGACAUUCCAGCUAUUCUGAUACUUCGGUUAGCAGCACAAGUAGCUACAUGAGCAGUUCCUCCAGUCCCACAUUGAAUAAUCACAGCAGAAGUCACUUGCUUUUUUGUUGCAAAAGAAAAACCAAGACAGCUGAAAGGCACAAAUGUAAACACAGAAAGCACAACUGUAUUUUCACUUCUGAUGAUGCAGAUAAGGAUUAUCUUUGCCAAACUAGAUGUCACAGAAGUAGAAACUGCACACAGAGGGGCACAAUUAAAUAUAAAAAAUGUUCAAGACAUAAAGUUUUACAGCACAGAGAUGGUUCUAAACACAGCAGAUGUAGACACUGGCAUUUUGGCAAAGUGUGUGGUAGAAGUAGAAGCUACAAUGACCCCAAAAGUUCUUCCACCACAGAUUCAAGGAGCAGCGAUCAAUCAUAUUGCAGCAGAAUAUCAAGAGAAAGCAGUGCAGGGUCUUUCUCAAAAGAAUAUGACAGCUACAAGAAUAAAACAAGAGAGGACACAGAAAGAGAUUCUAACAUCAACACAGGAAAAGCUGAAAUUGCACGUUAUGAAUCUCUGAAUGUAGAUAGCCAGUCAAAAGACUUUGCUACCUGCUCUUCAGAAACCUCAGCAAAAGAUGCAUGUGGAAGAAGAAAGUCACUGACAGCCAAGUUACUGUUAGAAAGGGUGCAGUCCAAGAAAAUCCUGGAACAAGCUCAUGAUUCAGAGAGAUUUUCAAACACAUUUGGUAGAGAAAUAAAGGAUCUGUCAUCACAAAGUCACUUUGAGCUUCAGUUUUCGUCAUCCGUAGAUGACACAGCAAUGUUACCUUUGCCAGAGAAACUGCUAGGCAUUGGUGAAAAUGGCACAGGGCAAAGUGGAAGUUCAUUGGAAAGUAAUGUUAAAAAAAGCAAAUGUGACGCUUCAGAGAUAACCCAUGUUGCUCUUUCAACAGGCAGUGAUUAUGAUCAUUGUCUUUUUAAAGACAUCGUUCAGAUAGGAGCAGGCUAUCAGAACCCAAGCAUAAAAAGGAACACGGCAAUAAAGGAACAAUCCAAUCUCUUCAUUAGUGAAGUACAACCCUUUAUACAAAGCUGUGACCCAGUACCAAAUGAUUUCCCUGGUGCUUUUCCCUCUAAAAGAUAUUCUGUUGUUGCUAAUUCAACAGAGACCAAAGAAGAACUACAUGAUGUGAACAUGGACUCAAACUGGGCAGAAGGAAGUUCAGACUCUCUUUGUGAUAAUGCUAUGCAGAAGUACAGUGACACAGUAGAUGACCAGGAAGUGUACAGAAAAUCCAUCUCCCCUCCUUUAAUGCAGCAGCCUAUAAUGUUCUCACCAGAGGAAGUAGACAAAUACAGGUUGCUGCAGCUGCAAGCCCAGCAGCAUAUGCAGAAACAACUCCUGGCAAAACACCUGCAAGUUUUGCCUGCCCCAGGACCAGCUGCCUUCUCUGCAACACCAGCAGUUCCUGCCAUCCCUGUUCAGCAGCAUGCAACAGUCACCACUAUACACCAUACACUGCUGCAACGCUUUGCUGUCUCAGCAUCUGUACACCCCCAUGGCAGCCAUCUCUCCCUGACACACCUCCAUCCCCUCUCUCAGGCACAUUUUACCCCUAUAUCCCUUUCUCCGUUAGCACCAGCCCUCAUUCCCACCCACCCUGCUUUGCUGACAGGACACCCAUUGCACUUGGUCUCCACCACCCCUAUUCACCCUUCCCCACUGAACUUCCCCCUGCUGCCACAUACUGCAUAUAUCCCAGCCUUAUUUGCACCACACCUGAAUGCAGCCACACCUCCUGCUAUGCAUCCAAAUCCCAUUGUUCAUCCAUUAUUCCAAGGGCAAGAUCCUCAUCACCAUUCUUGCUCUAGCCAGACUCAACAGUUACCUACAAUAAAAGAAGUUUUUGGUGUUUCUAGCUAUUUAAACUAGCCCUAAUGAUUACACCUUGGCUCCAGGGAAAAAAAAAAUAAUAAAAAAAAGGAAUUAAAAAAAAAUAUUCAGUGUUCAAUCACAUAUCUGAGGAGAAAAAUCUACAUUUUUGCUGAAAGCUCAAUGGUAAAUUUGAACUCCAAAUUCUGGCUGACAGCAUAUGAAUGUUGAUUUGGCUCUCAUAUCACAAUAUAAAAGCAGUUUUGAAGUCUUGUGGUACUGUCACAAGAAGGACGGGGUCAGCUAAUGUCAUCUUGCAGAAGGUUUAGAAAGAACAUUCUGAAGUGAGGUCUGUGACUGUCAGUAGGAAGAGGACCACAGCAUGUUGACACAAAAGGACCAAGAAUGUCAGCAAGGUUGGGUGAUUUAAAGUAACAUAAUUUCAGGUAGUACAAUCUUGACACACCUCAAAGGCUUAGUUUUAUGAGAAUGUAAAUGCAACAGUGUAAUACUUGGUCUGUUUAAGGUAUUUCAGAAUAAGCCAAAGAGAAAGCAUUUGGGACCACAAAUACCUGGUUCUGUCUCCUAGCCAAGAUAAGUUAAGAGCCUCAACAGUGGUGAGUGAGAAGUUAAUACUGGAAGAAGAUGAUCAUGGGACCAUGUCAAUGAUACAUUAGUGAUUUUAUCACAGAUAUGUUGCUUUAACAGUGUAAAAGGACUGCAGUUUAGCCAAAAGUACAUGACAAAAAUAUUCCCUUAGUGUGGGAGGCUCUUUGCUGGCACAAGCAGAUUGCUGCUUUCGUCCUCCAGCCAGGCAUACAAGAAGGCAGCAGAAGUAAAGUGAUGAAGCCAAGUUCUUUGACAUUGCCUGCUGUGGCACUAGCAUAAGAUACGUCAGGGGUGGGGUGCAACAUCCCGAAGUUCCAAUGCAGCUAGUGUUGGCCUUGAACCUUGGAGGUCCCUGGCCAACACCAUAAUAUCUCUUUCUUGCCAAGCAAACCUCUGACAUGUGGAAGAAUCUUGCCCAAAGUAUACAUAAAUAAUAAACAAAUAAAUGUUUCAUCUCUUCCACAAAUAACAUUAACAAUUAACUGGUCAUACAAUAUCAUGUUGAAAUUCAAAAAAUACAGAAGUAUAAUUCUGAGAAGAAAGUGUCUCUUCAGAUCAAGUCUCAUGGCCAACUAUGCUGUGGUUCUCAUCAUUUCAAGGCAUACUGAAUCUAAACAAACAUGCAAAGUUUCUAGCAUGACUUCCCAAGCACUGGACUAACAAAUUGAAGUCCUGAAUCUCUAAUGUAGGAAUGCAUUUACCUAACCAUCAGGGUUAGGUGUGAUUGAAAUCUCAAGGAGUAAUUGCAUAUCUGGAAAUAGGUGAGGGCUUCAGCAUUAUUUGGAUGGCACACUUUGAAAAUUUUUAUCUUUCUAACUCAACACGGGACAUUUAGCAAGAAAUUAUGAUCAUAAUUAUGGUUAGACUGCAGAUUUGCUUCCCAGUAUAACUGGACAGUGAAGAGUCUGCCAAGAAAUACCUGUUUAUUUGGAAUUGAAAUAUUGGAGAAAACGUCAAUUCCUUUGCGAUGAUGUAGAGCACAGUUGCUGAUGUCUAUUUUACAGUCGAUAUAAAGCACAUUAAAAACUUUUGGUGGAUUUUAUUCCAUUAUAUGGGGCUAUCUAAAGAAGCUGAGGAAUCUAAUUGAAGUUAGACUGAGUAUUUAAAAUUCAACUUGAGACUAAUAUUCUAACUUAAUUUUAGUCAAACUAGAUUGAUCCACUGGAGUAAAAUGAAAGUGUUUUAAUUUCUAAAAGCAGAUCCUUCAGCAUGAACUGCUAUUAUGCCAAACAUUUCAAAUGCAUUUCCAAGUAGUGACUGCUUGCUUUGCAGUUGACUUUUAAAGUUAAAGAUUCAUUGGAUACUUAAUAUUUUAGCCAUCAAAUAAAAACUGUCAGGAAAAAAACUCUGGAGACCAAGUAGAAGUAAAACAUUUUGUUGUGAAAAUAAGAGGCUGAAGAAACCAGCACCCUUAAAUGCCUUUUGGUUGCAUUCCCAGUUGAUCUAUUCAUUUCAUUAAGAAAAUGGGCUCAUGAUAUUUUUUCAGUUACCUCUCUUCAUUGUUUAAUUUUCCUAUUUUAUUUGUAGGUUUCUUUUUCAACUGAAAUUAUUACUUCAGAAGUUAGGAAGUCAGAAAUUUCUUUUGAAAAUAUACUAAAAAUAAAUGUUUCCAUAGUUUUAAAAUCCUGCUUUUUAUUUUUGGCUGAAAAUAUUCCCUAAAUUAGAUUUGAAUAUACAUAUAAUUGCCAUACUUCCAAAAUAUCAUUUUCUGAAAAGCAAUCUUAUUUCCUUGAAUACAACUUAUUGACUCUCAACAUGACUACUCGAUUCCUCAGGCUGAAUUCUCUCUCUCGUGGUUCACUUGUAGUUAUAGCUCUGUAGAAACACUUUGAAUUGUACGUUUAAAAGGAGCAGGUCAACCUGUGCUCUGAGACUGAUUGAACUGCACAGCCCCUAUCACAGUUUCAGGGCUAAUAUCAACCUAAAAGAUGCAUUUCAAGACGUACAAACUUUUUUAAUUUGCAGGCACAAUUGCACUCCCAUUCAAGAUAAACCAAUUGCUCUUAAUGUCUGUACUAGUUCACUUGAAUUCUAAGUAGAUAACAUUGGGAGAAAAUAGUAGAAAGGAAAAAAGACAAAUAAAUCCCAUCUUACACAUACACACUUAUUUUUCAUCCCUCUUUCUUACAGGCAAAAUUGCUACUGCAGAAAUUACUAUGGCAAGAAACCUCAUCAAUUGAAACUUAACAGAAUCCUACUUAGUAGACCAUUUAUGGGAAGCAAAUACAUUACUCUUACUGUAUGCACAAUAAAAUGGGAACUAAAUCAUAGGAUGUCCAUACAUCACUGUAUAUACCAACAAGGAUGAUCUGACAAGGCGAAUGACAAGACAGUAAAAAUUUAAUUCAUGAAGCAAUGGGGAUUAUGAUUUUGAUAGUAGUAGAUGGAAAAAAAAUUGAGAGAUUAAAAACUGACAGAAACAGCACAAUAGCAUAACAGCAAUCAUUGACUACCAACAAAGGGAAUGUCCAAUAGAGUUCUUAGUACACAAAAGAGAUUUUCUUGGAGAAAUGUAAUAAAAACAUCAGCACAGCUGAGAUGAUGUAUUUGCUGCCAUAUUUAUUUUUCAUCAGUAAUGUCCUUUAUAUAUAUAUCGUUAUUAUUAAAAGCAUAAUUGAGCCUGAUGGUUGGAGCCAUGCUUCAGUCCUGAUUUUAUUUAUACUAAUAUUUAAAAGAGUUACAGUAUUCUGGUGGCAGAGAUAUAUACAUUUCAAGUUAAUAACCUCUUUAAGCUUGAUUGUAUAUUCUUCUUGCAUAAUCCAAGGAAAUGGGUCACCCACACUGAAAAGUUCAAAUAACAAAAGUUUUUGGAGUUCCAUAAUGGUGAAAGUUCUUAAUUUCUAUUUUAUUUACUUGGUAACUGAGGCACUUCUGGAAUACAUUUAACAUAUUUGUUGUUCAAAUUUUCAUAAAAAUGCCUUUGAUCACAUUGAUUUUAAAACUGUUAAGUUUGUAUUUAAAACUGGAUAAUAUUCUGGCUAGUAUAAUAUGUAAACUAGUAAUUUUGUUUUGUAUUCUCUGUAUAAAGUGUUUUAUAUUAUACAGUAGCUAAGUUAAUUGCACUAUUGUACAUGCAAUGCGGCUUUUUUUUUUAGGUUAUUCAAGGAAUUCCUGGGAAUGUAGUUUAAUGCAAUAAUUUUUUUUUUUCCAAUAAAAAGGCUUACUGGGAUAAAGAGUGUCAGUCAUGUAUUUUUAAUGUAAAGCAUACCAAAAGGCAGCAACUUAAAAAAAUGCAGAAUGAUGCAAACAUAUUCUGUAUUUUAAUCUGAGAUUUGAAAUGCAUUUAAUUCAUCCCUGAAAUUUCUUAGAAUGUUUCCUAAAGAUUUUAGUAUGUGUUACAAAAGUGGGUUGUUUAAAUUGAACUGAAAAUAAAUAUUCCUUUAAAAAAUUA